UCUCCCUCUGUUUGUCUGUGUGCGUGCUGGAUCGGAGAUCCAAUCUCCGCGCGCGCGCGCUGCCUCUCUCUGUCUUGUGGCUCGAGAUUCGUCCGGGCCAAGCACGGAAGCAUCGGGCACGUCUAGCUGCUGCUGCUGCUGCAAUCUGUUCAGGAGCGGGGGCGCUGCGUGUAGAUGGCGUCGAAUGAGGGGUUCCUGACGGACCAGCAGAGGGAGACGCUUAAAUUAGCGACCCAGAACGCGGAGAUUCUGUCCUCCUCUCCCAAGUCGCCCAAGACUCUCCUCUCCGAACACCCGUUGAAGGUUCCCGCCGCCGGCAAGGCGCCCACGGCUGGAAUCGCCGUGAGGCACGUGCGGAGGUCGCACUCCGGGAAGUUCAUACGAGUCAAGAAAGAUGGAGGUGGUGGUAAGGGAACUUGGGGGAAAUUGCUUGACACCGAUGGUGGAUCACAUAUUGAUAGAAAUGAUCCCAACUAUGACAGUGGUGAGGAGCCUUAUCAGCUCGUUGGUUCAACAGUCUCAGACCCUUUGGAUGAAUACAAGAAAACUGUUGUUUCUUUGGUAGAGGAAUACUUUAGCACUGGUGAUGUGGACGUGGCAUCGUCUGAUCUCAGGGAACUGGGCUCGAGUGAAUAUCACCCAUACUUCAUCAAGCGGCUAGUUUCGAUGGCCAUGGAUCGCCAUGAUAAGCAGAAAGAAAUGGCCUCGGUUCUGCUCUCUGCCUUGUAUGCUGAUGUCAUCAGCCCACCACAAAUUAGAGAUGGGUUUGUCUUGCUUCUUGAGUCGGCUGACGAUCUCUCUGUUGAUAUAUUGGAUGCUGUUGAUGUGCUCGCAUUGUUCCUGGCACGGGCUGUAGUUGACGAGAUUCUCCCCCCAGCGUUCCUCACCAGGGCUAAGAAAACACUGCCCGAAUCCUCUAAAGGUUUCCAGGUUAUUCAGACUGCUGAAAAGAGUUAUCUCUCAGCCCCGCACCAUGCAGAACUUUUGGAGAGGAGAUGGGGUGGUAGCACACACAUAACUGUUGAAGAGGUGAAAAAGAAGAUAGAUGAUCUACUAAGGGAGUAUGUGGAGACUGGAGAUGCUUUUGAGGCAUGCAGGUGCAUUAGGGAGUUGGGUGUUGCAUUUUUCCAUCACGAGGUGGUGAAAAGGGCUUUGGUUCUUGCAAUAGAGACACGAGCAACAGAACCCUUGAUAAUGAAGUUGCUGAAGGAAGCUGCUGAGGAAGGCUUAAUAAGUACCAGUCAAAUGGCUAAGGGGUUUGCCCGUUUGGCUGAGAGCCUCGACGACCUUGCUCUUGACGUUCCAUCUGCAAAGUCCCUGUUUCAGUCACUGGUUCCCAAGGCUAUCUCUGAAGGAUGCCUUGAUGCUUCAUUUUCAAAGUCAUCAGAUAAUGGAGACGUACAAAUGGAAGAUGAAAAGUUAAGGCGCUAUAAGAAGGAAGUUGUAACUAUAAUUCAUGAAUAUUUUCUCUCUGAUGACAUUCCUGAGCUCAUUCGGAGCCUGGAAGAUCUUGGAGCACCUGAUUUUAACCCUGUAUUUUUGAAGAAGCUCAUCACCCUUGCUAUGGACAGGAAGAACAGAGAGAAAGAGAUGGCAUCUAUCCUGCUGUCUGCCCUCCAUAUUGAGAUUUUUUCAACUGAGGACAUUGCAAAUGGUUUUGUGCUGCUUUUGGAAUCGGCAGAGGACACGGCUCUCGACAUUCUAGAUGCUUCAAAUGAGCUUGCUUUAUUUUUGGCUAGGGCUGUUAUUGAUGAUGUGUUGGCCCCGCUGAAUCUAGAAGAAAUUGGAAGCAGGUUGCCUCCUAAUUGCAGUGGGAGUGAAACCGUGCGUGUGGCUCGAUCGCUCAUUGCUGCCCGUCAUGCUGGGGAGAGGAUUCUUAGGUGCUGGGGAGGUGGAACCGGGUGGGCUGUUGAGGAUGCGAAGGACAAAAUUCAAAAGCUUCUGGAGGAAUACGAGAGUGGUGGGGUGGUGACCGAGGCUUGCCAGUGCAUACGUGAUCUGGGAAUGCCCUUCUUCAACCACGAAGUCGUGAAGAAGGCAUUGGUAAUGGCGAUGGAGAAGAAGAACGACAGGAUGCUGGAUCUGCUACAAGAAUGUUACAGCGAGGGGCUCAUCACCAUCAAUCAGAUGACAAAAGGUUUCACCCGGAUUAAGGAUGGAAUGGAUGAUUUGGCUCUUGACAUCCCGAAUGCAAAAGAGAAGUUCCAUUUCUAUGUGGAGUAUGCUAAUCGGAAGGGGUGGCUCCCAUCUUCAUUCGAGUCAUCCUUAUUGCCCGCUCCAGUCGCGGCUACUUGAGAGGGAAACAUGUAUUUCUGUCUUCUCGAGUACGUUGUAGCCUGUCACGUUAUGUAACGAAUUGUGCACUUUCAAGUGCUUCAGAAGCCUGAUUAGAUGGGGGAUGUUUUGAGUUCAUCUGGACGCCUUUUUUUCCCUAUUUCCUUGUAGUUUCCCGAUGGAGAUCAGCUGAUGUAUAAAGUUAGUUGCUUAUCCAGCUUUAGGCUCAUGGUGCAUCAUAUUUGUCGCAUGCAGUAUGACACUAAGAUUAAGAAUUCUUUGAUGCCAUUCAGCUCGUUUUUUGGUA